AUGCUUGUCUCAAAGAUUAAGCCAUGCAUGUGUAAGUAUGAACUAAUUUAGACUGUGAAACUGCGAAUGGCUCAUUAAAUCAGUUAUAGUUUGUUUGAUGGUACCUACUACUCGGAUAACCGUAGUAAUUCUAGAGCUAAUACGUGCAACAAACCCCGACUUCUGGAAGGGAUGCAUUUAUUAGAUAAAAGGUCGACGCGGGCUCUUGCCCGUUGCUGCGAUGAUUCAUGAUAACUUGACGGAUCGCAUGGCCAUAGUGCCGGCGACGCAUCAUUCAAAUUUCUGCCCUAUCAACUUUCGAUGGUAGGAUAGUGGCCUACUGUUAGACCCCUUUUUGGCGGGUCUUUAUCGAGACAUGGUUUGGGCUCGAUAGGGUGGCUUUUCGGGGCAUGGGAUGCGGCCAAAGUCAUCAUGGCAAUGGCCAAGGCAUAGUUAUGCCGCGGCAUUGCAACAUUGCGAAGAACGGGCAAGGUGGAAGUUUGGCUAAGGCAUGGGGACUUAGUCAAGACAAGGCAAGCUAGACCAAGUAUGAGGGCAGAACGGUUGGCGUUGCGAGAAACCAUGUUCGGUUCAUGGGCGGCAUGACAUGGUCAAGGGAGACUAUGGGUGUGCGGGUCCGGCAUGUGAUCCAAGUGUUGGUGAAGAUCAGUGGCAUGCGGGGCAUGGCUUACGGGAUGCGGAACAACAGCUUGGAGGCACAACAAAAGCAAGUGGCUCGAGGUGGCACGUGGGCGACUCAAGGGUAGUGCGUGGUGCGUGGCCAGGCUUGAGCCCGGGGCGUGGCUGUCCUUGGGCAGUCACGACAUUUGGGAGCUUCGGUGGCAACAAGGGUUGGUUGGCCGGUUGACAAGUGGGACUUGGGCAAGCUGGGCGCAAGGCAACGAGAGUUGGUCACAAGCUCAAGGCAAAGAGUUGGCUCGUGGGUGGCCUGGGUUAGGCCGCGGCAUGAGUGCAAUCUCGAAGAGGCGUGUCGAUUCGGUGCGGCAUGACUCAAGUCUGGAAGGGCAUGGCGGUUACACGCGAACAGGUGCCUUGGGGCGAACCGGUGGCAAGGCAGUUGAGGGCUUCGGGCGGACAAGUGCUUGGGCAGACCGGAAGGCCGCGGCAUUGGGCGGUUGGUAACUGCCACACGCGAAGAGACGCGUCCCUUCAGGCUAGGCAGUUGGCUUGUAACUGCCAGACGUGGCUCGUCUAUAAAUAUGCCGCGGCAUAACUGCGAGUUUUGUAGUCUUAGCGAGAGACAGCAGUGUGGCCGAGUGUUUGCAAGUGUGUUAGACAUUGUGAGCGUGUUGUAUUAGUCCUAGUGUAUUAAUUGUGAAUUAAUAAAAGGUUGGUCGUUGACCGUAAAGUGGUGUGCCUUUAUUCUAAGUGUGUGUUAAAGUGUUGCGUUCCUAUUCCAAUUAAGGGUUGCGCCGCGGCAUUGGGUGGAAGGCUGACUGUCUUAAGGCGUUAAGGCAGGCCGUACAGGGUGAAAAUUCGAGACGUGAAUUUUACCGUGUAACAAUUGGUAUCAGAGCUGAUGGCUGAAGAUCGUGAUUCGUCUGCCGGUGACCAAGGGGUGGAGACUGCGGAGGUGCUGGUUCGUGGGCUGAUUGAGGAAGCGCUUAGGCCGGUGUGGGCGCGGCUUAGGGCACUUGAGGCCUCAAGGGCAGACCUGGUAAACGAACUGGAGGCACGCUCUGCCGAGAACGAAGCCACAAAGUCAGAACUUGUGAUUUUGAAGAGGGCUCUUGCAGCGGGAUUGGUUCCAAGCGCUGAAGUAGGCUCUUCAAAGAUCAAAGUGCCGGAGCCGAAGACCUUUGGUGGUGACCGCAAUGCCAAGGAGUUGGAGAACUUUCUGUGGGAUAUGGAAGAAUACUUUAAAGCCGCAAAGGUGCCGGACGAAGAGAAGGUGAGGAUUGCACCCAUGUACUUGUCUGGUGAUGCAAAGCUUUGGUGGCGGAGUAGAGUAAGGGACGACGCUAAUACGGGAAGACACGGGCUGGAGUCAUGGGAUGGACUCAAGAAGGAGUUGAAGGCUCAAUUCCUUCCCCACAAUGUCUCCUGGAUGGGCAGGGAAGCCCUGAAGAACUUGAAACACACCACAUCGGUGAGGGAUUAUGUCAAGGCAUUCUCUUCGCUCAUGUUGGACAUUGAGAACAUGACGGAGGAGGACAGGCUGUUCAAUUUCGUGUCUGGACUGCAGCCGUGGGCCCAGACAGAAUUGAGAAGGCAGGCUGUGAAGGAUUUGCCGAGUGCCAUGGCAGCGGCCGAAGGACUCAUGGAUUACUCAUUGUCCGAUGGUUCUAAGGGGAACAAGGGCAAGGGAGAAUCAGGCAUUUCCGGUUCAAGGGGGACGUUGAAGUGUGACGACAUCAGUGCGGCAACGGAAGCGAGUGUGACGAAACCAAAGUCCAAAGCUUGCUGGGGGUGUGGCGGUCAGCACUUGCAGCGGAAUUGUCCCGAGAACCAAAAGUUGGCUGCCUUGAAGCAAGUGGAGUCCGAGGAGGAUUCUGCGUUGGUGACAGUGAAUCCCUUGCGUUUGGUCUGAUGGCACCGUGAAAGUCAUCAGGGGCACUGUGCGUGUGGACAGUGCGAGUGCCAAGAGGGGCGUGGACUUGGCAUAGGUUGCAGGCGUGGGACGUCGGGCAACUGCAGCGGCAUUGCUUGGGUAUGGCAGUGCAAAGAACCGAAGGUCGUGGGGACGCUAAGGUUCAGUGGCAUGCUUUUCAGAAGAUGUCACAAUGAUGGGUCAAGCGUACACAGGGGCUGUGCGGGUUGGACAUCAUAUUUUGGAGAAG